GUGGCCUCUAAACCCAAACUCCUACUCGAACCAAUCCGAACAACAUGAUGAUGAACACCAUCACCGCCCCCAGUAUCACCGACACUACCACUGCCCCCACCAUCAUAACAUCCCCCAGCAGCAGCCUGAUGAUGGAAAUCCAGAUACUGAUAGUCUAAUGGGCAACUUCAAUCUCGAUUUACAACAUCCUGGACCAAGUUCACAGCUCUCUGCACCGUUUCCCGCACGAUCAGCCGACGCAAUGUCUCUGUCCGACCUGCAUAUCCAGCCUGAACCAUCAACUCCCGGCUGGUCAUACGCUUAUCCUGAACAACCGUCUGCACCCAGAGCAUCUCGUGUACAGUCAAUCGAUACCGGGGCUCAUCCUAUACCUAUGCCAAAUUUUGAAAUGGGACAGAGCACUAUUUCUGGUAUUGGCAAUGCACAAACGGACGGAGGAUUCUCCUUGUUUGAUCCAUAUCAAAACCUAAUGCCUGUGGCCGAUGAUCUCCAACCACAUGAAGAUCCAAUCCAACAGGAUACAGAGAUAGAGAAAUACGGUUGUUGCCGUUGCAGAAGCGUGACAAUUCGCAUCGCCGGUCCGCCAAUAAUCACUUUCAUAUGCCAUUGCACGGAUUGCAAACAGAUAUUUGGAUCGGACCUCGUUUCAUUUGCGAGGUACAAAGUCGAGCAUGUCGACCUUUUGAUUGAGGGACAAGUUAUAUAUUAUUGUGUAAACGAUGUGUCCAAUUUUUUCUGUGCAGGUUGUGGCGCGGUAUUCGAGAUGAGGACUGCUGGCAAUCCAACAGAAACCACUAUACCAGUCGCUCUCCUGGAGGAUCCGAGCCAUCUCGCCCCCCGCAUAGAGAUAUAUUGCACACAGAGGGCGCUCUGGCUCCCUGACUACGCCCCUCCAUCCCAAAGAUACGAUCACGCACCACAGCCGUCUACUUCACACAUGGAUUGGCAAGUUCCGGAUAAGAUCUGGUAGAGCUUUAUGUUUGGAUUUGUAUGGUUUGAUUGGCCUGUGCUGGAAGCGUUUGGCAAGCGUUGCUCUUAUAUGAAUUUUUUAUAUCAAGGGGUGGUCUGGAUGCUUGUAGCAACUAUUAGGAGCGUUAGUAAGGUUACUGGAUUCUCACAUUGGAGAAACACCUGGUGUGGAAGUAACCUACCUGUGUAGGUACUUAUCUUUUAAUCGUAUUCUUCCAUCUUCACCCCGCUGACACGUACGUAGUAUAAGUUCAAUAGGGCCCAUGUCAUGGUUGUCAUACGAAGCAAAUUCUACCCACGUUCGAUGUUCAUGGUUCUAGAG